AUGCAACACCAACAGCGAAAACCUCUGUGUUUGACCGCCAGAUUGAAAUUUAAAAAGGGAGUGAGCGUUAUCAGUGAUCACAUCACCAGAUAUUCGCAGCAGUUAGAUGAUCAUUUUCAGGCCCCCAAUGGUUGGAAUCACCAACCAGAAUCUCCAAAGUGCUUUUUGAGAUCAUGGUCCAAUCUUGCGAGCUCAUAUGCUGAUUCCUUGGAGCACUCAGUUUUUCUGCUACCAAAGAAUAUCAUUUUUAAACAGACUCUGAACACCCUGUUGAGCGACAUCCUAAAGAACGCGGAUUGUUCUCCGGGACCAGCACUCAGAGCCCCCACAACACCCACGCGGGCGGGUGGGGGCACUCUCCCAUCCUACAACAUUUUCAAAAUAAAUCUAUAUCGUCAUUGUCUUCGAUACAGUUAAUAGUAUUAUAGAUCGAGAAGCUACUCUGUUCGCGUGCCUGGUCAAGUGCUAAACUGCAUUUUGGUAUAUGCUUGGACUGAUGCAUCAUUAUUUUGUUUAACUAACUCACCAAGGCCAUUUCAGGGAAACCAGCCUCUUUGUUUUAUUGUUAUACAACAAAGUGAUAGCGCCACUACCCUUUCUGGCCCCAGAUGCACAUUCAGAAGGUCACCAAGAGAUACAUGCUUCAAAACUCACGCGAACGCCCAAAAAAAAAAUAAAUAAAUACUGCCAAAGCCCAACACAUACGAUAAUGCUCGAAGUCCAUAUUCCAGACAAAUCGAAUCCUGGCGAUGGCGACGAUCUCAUGAGUCCUACAGGAAAAGAGACUAUAAAAUUAGGGGAUUAAUCGACGAAACCAACUCUUUGCAGAUGACUCUCGAAGCCAGCUACCCUAUAUAACCCCGCCCGCGCUUUACAGA